AUGUUAUCAUCUCAAGUAUGGCGUGCUAUUGGAUGGCGAUCAGUAAUAAAUACCGACUAUGAUGGCGCUGUUCUUGUCGGUGGUCUAGAGAAUGAACUUCGACAUUUCGGUGAUCCUGAUGAAGAGUAUGAUUUCUGGGGAGAUUCACCACCAAUUAAACCUUGUCCCGUAAGUAAAUUAUCCAGAAAUUUGUUGAUAGCUCGUUGUUUUGCGCCGUCGCAUGCUAAUCAAAAUCGCAAUAUACAGUAUACCCAUGAAGGCGCAAGAGUUAUUGCAGCAGAGAAGAAAAAGGAAAAGCAACAACAGCUAAAGGCAUCUCGCGCUUCACUCUUAGGGAUCUCGAAAUAUGAGAACGGUAUGAGCGAUGUGAACUGUGACGAGGCUGUCGAUGAAAACAAAGAAGAAUCGGAGGAAGACGGCUGCACAGUCGAGGCAGAUGGGGAUCCGCUUGAGUUUUAUGAUGAUUGGUUCGGAGGAAAUCUGCCAGAAGAAAACACUGGAGUCCAAGUGGAAUUUAAAGGUUGUCCAAUGUGUUGCGGAAUUUCUAAGGAAAAAAUUGCUAACGAUAGUGAAGAGACUCAAAACCGCGCACAAAAUGCCAACGAGAUGGUGAUGGUCCCAAAAAAAGACUCAGACACUCGUAUAUACUUCGAAGAUGACGGGAGCAAUUUUGACCAUGGGGAUAGCUUCAUGUUGAUGUUUAAUGAGGAUUUCGAUACCGGAGGAGAUGUGGAGGAAGCUAAGGACACAAUCUCGCCGAUUGAACCAUCCAAAAGCCCUUGUUCCUGUGCAUCCGACUUUACUUUCGUCGAAAUUGAUACAACAAAUACGAUCAAUGGCUUGAAUGGAGUUGAAAAGCCACCAUGUCCAGCUGGGGCGGUUACUGCAGCUCAGCCGGGGUUUUGGCGAGCAAUGACUGCUUGCAGACCAUUUGAACGAGCUUGGCGUCCGCAUAUUAUAAUACCAGGGAGUUGGCAGUCAGUAUAA